AUGGCCACCCGGCAAGCUCUCGACGGCGGCAUUAUCCGGCGCAAAGCUUGCGGGGAACGUAUCUGUACCCUCGAAAGGCGAGAUACCGGCAGCAAUAGCAGGAACGAGCGCUUGCAGAUCAUGGCCGUCAGUCCCUCCGACAUAGUUGUUGAUGGGAGUGUUAAUAGGUGUUUUCCCAUCCUUGGUUACGUCGAUGUAUGGCAGGACGAGAGAACCUUGCAUAAGAUUGGGAAUCUGCAGCGGAACGAGGCUCAAGGCCGUCAUGCGGAUGUCAUUAUUGUAGCCAGCUUGUACAAUAAGCGGGUGCAUACCGUCAGGGAAGGAUGGAAGGACACUCUUAGGGACGUCGAGUGGCUCAUAGCCGGAAAUGGUCCGGGCGUCCGCUUUGCUGAUGGGGAGAAUGCAGAACGCUAG